GCAACCCAAAGUUAUCUUGACGAAUGUCCUGAGGACGAAAAUUGGAAGAAAAUACAUAGACAGCCACGUAAUAAUUGAUGCAAAUUUAUCUGCUGCUGACAAAUUACAAUCGGGCCAACUACCCUCAUCAUCUGUUGCCAGCCUACAGACAUGUCAAAUAUUAAGUUCUCCUCAUGAAAGUUCUUUUCUGUCUGAAAGCAAGUAUCCACAGGAGCAAAUAGCAAGAAAUAUUGGGGAAGAAAAUAGCAAGAGAAGAAUGAUUUGGAUAGAGGAGCUAACAAGGAGAGGUGCUAUGCUGGACCUUGUUCUCACCAACAAGGAGGGCCUGGUGGGGAACGUGAAGCUCAAGGGCAACCUUGGCUGCAGUGACCAUGAAAUG